AUGCGCCUCUUCAGGACUCUACCGCUUGUCGUCGCGGGACUUAUUGCGCCUUGCUUCUCGGGCGCCUUUCCCUCGACUAAAUCCCAGGAUGCGGCGGCCACGUUCUUGGAUCGUCUGCUUGUCGAUACAUGGGGUCUGGGCGAUGCUCUUCAGCGGCAGCCUUCUUCGCUAGUUGUAGAUUUGGGCUAUGCCAACAUCCGCUACGCAGCUCCGCCGACGGGUUCACAGCGAUGGCAACCUCCCCGGCUCCCCUCAUCCAACGACACGGUCAUCGGUGGUAGGGUCCCGGUGACGGCAGCGACCGAAUUCGGCCCCAUCUGUCCGCAAAACUACCCCGCCGUCCCGGGUCUCCCCUUCAUCCCCGGCGACGAGGACUGUCUCUUCCUAAACGUGUACGCGCCCGCCGACGCCAAGGAUUUGCCGGUGCUGGUGUAUAUCCACGGCGGCGGGUACGGGUACGGUGAUGGGAGGAUUGACAUGUCGGAGAUUAUUGGGGCGAACGGAGGUGGCUUUGUAGCUGUUGUCAUUCAGUACCGGCUCGGCGCGUUGGGCUUCCUUUCCUCUGCGGACGUCAAGGCUCGCGGUGUCGUGAACGCGGGACUUCUGGACCAGGCUUUUGCGCUUGCUUGGGUGCAGCGCUUCAUCGGCCUGUUUGGCGGUGAUCGUGGAAGGGUCACGAUUGCAGGGGAGUCGGCGGGUGCUGGGUCGGUGAUGUAUCACACUCUCGCCGUGGACGGUAGUCUGGGAACGUCGCUCUUCAAGAACGGGAUCGCUGCUUCGCCGUAUCUUCCGUUCCAUUAUGACUACGACGCGGCGUUUCCGACGGCGCGGUACCAGGCGUUUGCUGAGAAGGCGGGGUGCUCGUCGUCUGUCGAUGUUCUUGCGUGUCUUCGGGGCAAGGAUAGUAUGACGCUGCAGGUGGCGAGUGCGAAUACCACCUUUGAACAACCGUAUGGGUUCUGGGCUUUCUAUCCCGUGACGGACGGCGUCUAUAUUAAGAACCUCCCGACUGAGCAGAUGAAGCAGAAGAAAGUCAACGGAGAGCGUCUACUCGUCGGUCAUAACGCUAAUGAAGGACCUCUCCUCACCCCGCCCAACAUCGUCAGUGUCGCAGACUUGACGUCCUGGCUGAAGCUCGAAUUCCCCAACCUCUCGGCGAGCCAAAUCGACCAAGUCCUCGCGGCGAAUCCGACAAAGACGGGCUCGAACGACACCCGUUUUGAGACGAAUGGAUUGACGGGGCUUACGGCCCUUGACGUGAGCCAGUCUGGGACUGGACUACAACAGAGAGCAAACAACAUCUACGCCGAGGCAACAUUCGUGUGCCCCAGCUACUGGCUCUCCGACGCCUUCACGUCGCCAAAGUCGUCGUGGCACUACCAGUACUCCGUCCCCUUUGCCUGGCACACGACCGACAUCCCAGGCUACUUUGGUCCCGCGACACCAAACCAGGGCCCAGACAUCGUCCUCGCCUUCCGCAAGAUCUGGGGAAACUUCAUCACGGGCAACGACCCCUCCAUCAGCAAUGAGAUCGCCAACGGAGCCUCUAGCGCCGACGCGGGCGCCGAGAACGGGGCGAGCGAGUGGCCUGUCUGGACGGAGGAGGCGCCGAAGCAGGUGAACCUGAACCAGACGGGCGGCGUGCCGUACGAGUUUACGACUUCGUGGGGGGCGCGGGUUACGCAGUUUAUGGCGCCGGGACAGGUGAAUGAUAUCCGGGUUGUCCCUGCGGAUUCGUGGGAGGGUGGACGUGGUGCCAGGUGUGAGUUUUGGAGGGGGCUGGCUCCUAGCAUUCCGGCGUAG